GGGCGGGGCGGCGCGGCCCGCCACCAUGGAGCCCCAGCGCCGGGAGCUGCUCGCCCAGUGUCAGCAGAGCCUGGCCCAGGCCAUGACGGAGGUGGAAGCCGUGCUCGGACUGCUCGAGGCCGCGGGAGCGCUGAGCCCUGGCGAGCGGCGGCAGCUGGACGAGGAGGCGGGAGGCGCCAAGGCGGAGCUGCUGCUCAAGCUGCUCCUGGCCAAGGAGCGGGACCACUUCCAGGACCUGCGCGCGGCGCUGGAGAAGACGCAGCCUCACCUGCUGCCCAUUCUCUACCUGAACGGCGUCGUCGGGCCGCCGCAGCCCGCCGAGGGCGCCGGCUCCACCUACAGUGUCCUGUCCAUCAUGCCCUCGGACUCAGAGAGCAGCAGCUCCCUCAGCAGUGUGGGCACCACUGGGAAGGCGCCGUCCCCGCCGCCCCUCCUCACCGACCGGCAGGCGAAUGAGAAGGUGGAGAACCUGUCCAUUCAGCUGCGGCUGAUGACCCGCGAGAGGAAUGAGCUGCGCAAACGCCUGGCCUUUGCGACCCACGGGACGACCUUUGAUAAGAGGCCCUACCACAGACUGAAUCCUGACUACGAGAGGCUGAAGAUCCAGUGUGUGCGGGCCAUGUCGGACCUGCAGAGUCUCCAGAACCAGCACACCAAUGCCUUGAAGAGGUGCGAGGAGGUGGCCAAGGAGACCGACUUCUACCACACACUCCACAGCCGGCUCCUAAGUGACCAGACUCAGCUGAAGGAUGAUGUGGACAUGCUGAGGCGGGAGAACGGGCAGCUGCUGCGGGAGCGGAACCUACUGCAGCAGUCCUGGGAAGACAUGAAGCGGCUCCACGAGGAGGACCAGAAGGAGAUCGGAGACCUCCGGGCGCAGCAGCAGCAGGUGCUGAAGCACAACGGGUCAUCAGAGAUCCUCAACAAGCUGUACGACACGGCCAUGGACAAGCUGGAGGGGGUCAAGAAGGACUAUGACGCCCUGCGGAAGCGGUACAGUGAGAAGGUCGCCAUCCACAACUCAGACCUGAGCCGCCUGGAGCAGCUGGGCGAGGAGAACCAGCGCCUGCUGAAGCAGACGGAGAUGCUGACCCAGCAGAGGGACACGGCCAUCCAGCUGCAGCACCAGUGCGCCCUGUCCCUGAGGAGGUUCGAGGCCAUUCACCAUGAGCUGAACAAGGCCACGGCCCAGAACAAGGACCUGCAGUGGGAGAUGGAGCUGCUCCAGUCAGAGCUGACGGAGCUGAGAACCACGCAGGUCAAAACCGCGAAGGAGUCCGAGAAGUACAAGGAGGAGCGGGACGCGGUGUACAGCGAGUAUAAGCUCAUCAUGAGCGAGCGUGACCAGGUCAUCUCUGAGCUGGACAAGCUGCAGACCGAGGUGGAGCUGGCCGAGUCCAAGCUCAAGAGCAGCACAUCUGAGAAGAAGGCGGCCAGCGAGGAGAUGGAGGCGCUGCGGCAGAUCAAAGACACGGUGACAAUGGAUGCUGGGAGAGCCAACAAGGAGGUGGAGAUCCUUCGAAAGCAGUGCAAGGCUCUGUGCCAGGAGCUGAAGGAAGCCCUGCAGGAGGCCGAUGUGGCCAAGUGCCGCCGGGACUGGGCCUUCCAGGAGCGGGACAAGAUUGUGGCGGAGCGCGACAGCAUCCGGACACUGUGUGAUAACCUGCGGCGGGAACGGGACCGGGCAGUGAGUGAGCUGGCUGAGGCCCUGCGCAGCCUGGAUGACACUCGGAAACAGAAGAACGACGUCAGCCGGGAGCUUAAGGAGCUCAAGGAGCAGAUGGAAUCCCAGUUGGAAAAGGAGGCCCGAUUCCGGCAGCUGAUGGCCCACAGCUCCCAUGACUCGGCCAUCGAUACAGAUUCCAUGGAGUGGGAAACAGAAGUCGUCGAGUUUGAAAGGGAGACGGAGGAGGUUGACUUGAAGGCACUUGGGUUUGACAUGGCAGAAGGUGUGAAUGAGCCUUGUUUCCCAGGGGACUGUGGCAUAUUUGUCACGAAAGUGGACAAAGGAAGCAUUGCUGAUGGCCGCUUAAGGGUCAACGACUGGCUGCUGAGAAUCAACGAUGUGGACCUCAUCAACAAGGACAAGAAGCAGGCCAUCAAGGCCCUCCUCAAUGGAGAGGGGGCCAUCAACAUGGUCGUGCGGCGGAGGAAGUCCCUGGGUGGGAAGGUGGUCACACCCCUGCACAUAAACCUCAGUGGACAGAAAGACAGCGGCAUCAGUCUGGAGAGUGGAGUGUAUGCUGCUGCUGUGGUACCUGGAAGCCCUGCUGCCAAAGAAGGGUCCCUCGCCGUGGGAGACAGGAUUGUGGCGAUCAAUGGCAUCGCACUGGACAACAAGUCCCUGAAUGAAUGUGAAUCUCUGUUGCGCAGUUGCCAGGACUCCUUGACCCUCUCCCUCCUGAAGGUGUUCCCUCAGAGCUCCUCGUGGAGCGGCCAGAGCAUCUUUGAAAACAUCAAGGACUCUGAUAAGAUGCUGAGUCUUCGGACCCAUGGCCUGGAGGCCCAGGCUCAUCACAAGCGGAACUUGAUGCAGCACCACAGCUCCACGCAGACGGAACUCUUCUGUGCUGGGCUGGAAGACAGGAAGGAGCCGGGGCCUCCCGGAGGCAGCACCUCCUUUCUACACAAACCGUUCCCUGGGGGCCCCUUUUCAGUCUCCCCCCAGACCUGUCCCAGCACCUCCGAGCGCAGCCUGAGCUCCUUCCACUCCGAUGCCUCUGGGGAACGUGGCUACGGGCUGGUGGACAUGCGGAGCAGGCGGCCCCUGCUGCCCUUUGAGACCGAGGUGGGCCCCUGUGGGGUGGUGGAAGCCCCUCUGGACAAGGUGGAUGCUGAGGGCUCCAACAGCGGUGGGACCUGGCCCAAGGCCGUGCUCGGCUCCACCGCAGGGCCGGAGAAGCUCUCCGUUUACAAGAAGCCAAAGCAAAGAAAGUCUAUCUUUGACCCAAACACUUUUAAACGUCCCCAGACGCCCCCCAAAAUAGACUAUUUGCUCCCAGGCCCUGGGCCUAUUCACUCUCCCCAGCCCUCCAAGAGGAUGGGGCCUCUGACACCCCCAAAGCCUCCCAGGAGAAGCGACUCCAUCAAGUUCCAGCACAGACUGGAAACCAGUUCUGAGUCAGAGGCCACACUGGUGGGCAGCUCUCCAUCUACCAGCCCACCAAGUGCCCCGCCCCCCGACACUGACCUCGGAGAACCCAUGCAUGCAUCACCCCCUCGCAAGGCCAGGGUCCGCAUCGCCUCCAGCUACUACCCCGAAGGGGAUGGGGACUCCUCCUACCUGCCAGCCAAGAAGUCCUGUGACGAGGACCUCACUUCCCAGAAGGCAGAUGAGCUGGGGCAGAAGCGCCGCCGCCCAAAGUCUGCGCCUAGUUUUCGGCCCAAGCUUGCUCCGGUAGUGAUUCCUGCUCAAUUCCUGGAGGAGCAGAAGUGCAUCCCAGCUAGUGGAGAUCUCUCCCCCGAGGUGCAGGAGUGGUCCCCUUACUCACCAGGGCAUUCCAGCCGGCAUGGGAACCCCCCGCUCUACCCCAACAGGCCAUCCGUGGGAACUGUUCCCCGGAGCAUGACCCCCAGCACUGCUGUGAGCUCCAUCCUGCGGAACCCCAUCUACACUGUGCGCAGCCACAGGGUUGGCCCCUGCAGCUCUCCACCUGUGCCCCGAGAUGCUGGCCCCCAGGGCUUGCCUCCCAGUGUCCAGCACCAGGGCCGCCUGAGCCUGGACCUCAGCCACAGGGCCAGCAGUGACUAUGCUGAGAUGAGAGCCUCCCACGGGUCCAACUCGCUGCCCUCCAGCGCCCGCCUCGGGUCUUCCAGUAACUUGCAGUUCAAGGCAGAACGCAUUAAGAUCCCAUUAACGCCGAGGUACCCUCGGUCUGUCAUGGGCUCUGACAGAGGUUCGUUGUCACAUUCCGAAUGCAGCACCCCUCCACAGUCGCCCCUCAACAUUGACACCCUGUCCACUUGUAGCCAGUCCCAGACCUCCGCCUCCACAUUGCCCAGGAUUGCUGUCAACCCUGCGUCCCUCGGGGAGCGGAGGAAGGACAGAUGUCUCUUCCGCCACAGAUCUCUUCUGAGGCUGCCUGUGGCCGCCAGGCCCAGGUCCUCCUCGCUGAGGAGUCUGAGGCCUUAUGUGGAGGAACCACGCCAUGUGAAGGUACAGAAGGGCUCAGAGCCUUUGGGCAUCUCCAUUGUGAGUGGAGAGAAGGGCGGCAUCUACGUCUCCAAAGUGACCACCGGCAGCAUUGCCCACCAGGCUGGCCUUGAGUAUGGGGACCAGUUACUUGAGUUCAAUGGCAUUAACCUGCGGAGUGCCACAGAGCAGCAGGCCCGGCUCAUCAUAGGGCAGCAGUGUGACACCAUCACCAUCCUGGCCCAGUACAACCCACAUAUGCACCAGCUUGGCAGCCACUCCCGUUCCAGCUCCCACCUGGACCCUGCCGGUGCCCAUGCCACUCUCCAGGGCAGUGGUAGCACCACCCCAGAGCACCCCUCUGUCAUUGAUCCGCUCAUGGAGCAGGACGAGGGUCCUGGCACACCCCCAGCCAAGCAGAGCACCAGCUGCUCCAGGAUCAUGGGAGAUGCCAACAAGAAGACCCCGGAACCACGCAUUGUCUUCAUCAAGAAGUCUCAACUGGACCUUGGGGUGCAUUUGUGUGGUGGGAACCUGCACGGGGUGUUUGUGGCCGAAGUAGAGGAUGACAGUCCUGCCAGGGGUCCCGAUGGCCUGGUGCCAGGGGACCUGAUCCUCGAGUAUGGCAACCUGGAUGUGCGCAAUAAGACGGUGGAGGAAGUCUACGUGGAGAUGCUGAAGCCCAAAGACAGUGUCCGCCUGAAGGUGCAGUACCGCCCAGAGGAGUUCACCAGGAUCAAGGGCCUGCCUGGUGACAGCUUCUACAUCAGGGCCCUGUAUGACCGGCUGGCCGAGGUGGAGCAUGAGCUGAGCUUUAGGAAGGACGACAUUCUCUACGUGGACGACACCUUGCCCCAGGGCACAUUCGGGUCCUGGAUGGCGUGGCAGCUGGAUGAGAACGCUCAGAAGAUCCAGCGUGGGCAGAUUCCCAGCAAAUACGUGAUGGACCAAGAAUUCUCCAGGAGGCUCAGCAUGUCCGAGGUCAAAGACGACAGUAACGCCGCCAAGACGCUGUCAGCAGCCGCUCGCCGGUCCUUCUUUCGAAGGAAGCACAAGCACAAACGCAGUGGGUCCAAAGACGGGAAAGACCUCCUGGCCUUGGACACCUUCUCCAACGACUCUCUCCCGCUCUUUGAAGAUUCAGUGAGUCUGGCCUAUCAGCGGGUCCAGAAGGUGGACUGCACCUCUCUGAGGCCUGUCCUGAUUCUGGGGCCUCUGCUGGAUGUGGUGAAGGAAAUGCUAAUAAACGAGGCUCCUGGCAAGUUCUGCAGAUGCCCGUUGGAAGUGAUGAAGGCCUCCCAGCAGGCCAUCGAGCGGGGCGUUAAAGACUGCCUGUUUGUCGACUACAAGCGGAGGAGCGGCCAUUUUGAUGUGACCACGGUGGCUUCAAUAAAGGAGAUCACAGAAAAGAACCGACACUGCCUCCUGGACGUCGCCCCCCACGCCAUCGAGCGCCUGCACCACAUGCACAUCUACCCGAUUGUCAUCUUCAUCCACUACAAGAGCGCCAAGCACAUCAAGGAGCAGAGAGACCCCAUCUACCUGAGGGACAAGGUGACACAGAGGCAUUCCAAAGAGCAGUUUGAGACAGCUCAGAAGAUUGAACAGGAGUACAGCAGGUACUUCACAGGGGUCGUCCAGGGAGGAGCCCUGUCGAGCAUUUGCACUCAGAUCUUGGCAACCGUCAAUCAAGAACAAAGUAAAGUCCUGUGGAUCCCCGCCUGCCCGCUCUAGGGGAGGUGGGCACCAGGAGGCGACUGGACCGGCCCGCUGGUGGGGAGACCGGCUCGCUCUUCUCCAGCAACUGAAAACAGAGAUGGGCCUGUUUAUGAACAUGCAGGGGAAGGAUCCAGAACCAGGACUCCAGAAGCCCCUCCUUUGUCGACAGAGGGGGUCGGCGGCUCGGAUCUGGGCCCAGGCCGGCAGACUGCUCCUCUCACAUGUGCUUUAAGACAAAACAAAGCAGAAAACGCAAAAGACUUGAUAGAGGGGUACAACUCCCACCUUUCUAUAGCCAGCCAAUCAGUGAUGCUGCACAGAGAGCCUUUCAGAUCACAAGUUUACAAGCCUUUUCUAAGUAUCUGGUGGUUAUGUUUACGUGGACGCCCCAUGCUGCUGGUGCCCACCACACCCCUUCCGCCCCCUGUUGCUUUAGUUCCCCAAAUGACCCUGGAACCUCACGGGGUUGGGGGGUGGGGCGGGCUGCCCCGCCUCAGGAGGUUCUUGUCAGUGGGACCAGAGCUUCGGCAGACUCCCUGCUCCUCAGAGGCGGUACCUCUCCUGGAAGGACUUCGUCACUUCAGGUGCUCAGACUGCUGGAGACGGCAGAACCAGUGCCUGGGUGGGGUCAACUCGCCGCCGGCGCUGCGUUUUCCUCCCACGCCCGGGAGGGCAGCGUGGGCAUCCUCACAAACUCGCCUCUUGGCCUUUCCCUCCUGUUUCUCCACCCCCCCAAGCGCUCAUGGGUCUCCUGACUCUUCUCCAGCUGUAUUUGUUAUUUAAACAUUCUGUCUGGUCCAUCACGUCUCCGUCGGGUCUCAGCCGCAGGGCUGGCUCCCAGGCAGGGUGUCAAGCAAGGGUGGACGCGUGCCAUGGCUCCCCUCGAGGUUCUGAGAGCCCCGACGGGGCUUCGUGGAGCAGGGCAGGUGCAUCCGAAAACAUUCACGUUUCAGAUGUUUGAAUGAGAGCUUGUAGGGGGAGUCUCAUGGUUAGCGUAGCCACUAUUGAAUAUCUCAAAAAGAAAACCUGCGACCUUGUUCAUCUUGGUCCCAGGGCUCACAGCACGGGCCUGACUUUGGCCUUUGUCGGGUUACUUUGGGCUCAGUUGGGCUUCUCUCGUUUUCUUUCCUUUGCACUUCCCAUGCCGUGCGAGUCUGGCUGAAGAUUUGAUGUGGUUCCUCCUUAAACGGUGUGUCCUGUUAAUAGGUACUGUACCGGGCUCCGCAUAAGUGUCGUUGGGGGUAGGACCUAUAUUUUAAUACUGUUCCUAACAUUUCAUUUUAAUAGCAAGGUGUCUUUGAUUUGAUUUGAUUCUUUGUAAUUCUAGAAACUAGAUUGUAGUUUAGUCAUUACUGACAUCUUUUUUUUAAAAAAAGGGAUAUAUUUUCUUGCACAGCUAUUCAAAAGAGAAACAAGUCUCAGUCCUCAGUGCUGUCCUUUGUUUUCCAGGUACAAGUUUUCUAGCUCAGACAACUGAGAAAAAGUGUAGACCAUUCUCGAGGCAUUGCUUGCACGCUGUUUUUCUACGUUGCAGGCAGAUCGGGCUGUGAUGGGCGGUGUGCAGGCGGGUACGGAUCUGACAGCCUGGGAUGUUCUGUACUAAAAUGUUACUUUGUAUCAAAAAGUUUUAGUACAACAAAAUAAAGGUCAAUUUCAGUAAA